GGUGCUCGGCCUCCCCUCCACCAUGCUCCGCCUGGGCGCGCUGCCGCUGCGGGGUCUCGUGCUCCGGGGCUCCCCUGGGCGUCCAAGCUCCACCGGCCGCCGGGAAGGACAGGAAAGCCCACCCUCACAUCCAGAAUGGAAGGACAAAGCAGAGACCGUGAUCAUUGGAGGUGGCUGUGUGGGCGUGAGUCUGGCUUAUCAUCUGGCCAAGGCUGGAAUGAAAGAUGUGGUCCUGCUGGAGAAGUCCGAGCUCACGGCUGGCUCUACCUGGCACGCAGCAGGUUUAACAACUUACUUUCACCCUGGGAUAAACUUGAAGAAAAUACACUAUGACAGCAUCAAACUUUACGAGAAGCUGGAAGAAGAAACUGGACAGGUGGUGGGAUUCCAUCAACCAGGUAGUAUCAGACUUGCUACCACUCCUGAAAGGGUAGAUGAAUUUAAAUAUCAAAUGACACGGACCAACUGGCAUGCAACGGAACAGUAUAUUAUUGAGCCUGAAAAAAUCCAAGAGAUGUUCCCCUUACUCAACAUGAACAAGAUUUUAGCUGGACUGUAUAAUCCAGGAGAUGGUCACAUUGAUCCCUAUUCUCUGACAAUGGCCCUGGCUGCUGGGGCUAGGAAAUAUGGGGCCCUUCUAAAGUUUCCUGCACCAGUGACAUCCCUGAAGCUCAGGCCAGAUGGAACAUGGGAUGUGGGCACUCAACAAGGAUCUGUGAGAGCAAACAGAGUUGUGAAUGCUGCCGGAUUUUGGGCUCGUGAAGUAGGUAAAAUGAUUGGCCUAGAACACCCUCUCAUCCCUGUACAACACCAAUAUGUCGUCACGUCAACAAUACCAGAAGUGAAAGCUUUGAAACGAGAGCUCCCAGUGCUCCGUGACCUGGAAGGAUCCUACUACCUCCGACAGGAACGGGAUGGGCUUCUGUUUGGCCCAUAUGAAAGUCAGGAGAAGAUGAAACUUCAGGCCUCCUGGGUCACUCAUGGAGUCCCUCCAGGCUUUGGAAAGGAACUCUUCGAGUCUGAUCUGGACCGGAUUAUGGACCACCUGGAAGUUGCCAUGGAAAUGAUUCCUGUUUUGAAAAAGGCAGACAUCAUCAAUAUCGUCAAUGGUCCCAUCACCUACUCUCCUGACAUUCUGCCUAUGGUGGGGCCCCAUCAGGGGGUCAGAAACUACUGGGUGGCCAUAGGCUUUGGCUAUGGCAUAAUUCAUGCUGGAGGGGUAGGCAAGUACCUCAGUGACUGGAUCCUGCAUGGAGAGCCACCUUUUGACCUAAUAGAACUGGAUCCCAAUCGCUAUGGCAAGUGGACGACAGCGCAGUACACCGAGGCCAAAGCCAGAGAAUCCUACGGGUUCAACAACAUCGUUGGUUAUCCUAAAGAAGAGCGGUUUGCGGGGAGGCCAACCCAGAGGGUCAGUGGGCUCUACAAGACCCUGGAGUCCAAGUGUUCCAUGGGCUUCCAUGCGGGCUGGGAACAGCCACACUGGUUCUACAAACCCGGCCAGGACACUCAGUAUCGGCCAAGUUUCCGCCGCACAAACUGGUUUGAGCCAGUGGGUUCUGAGUACAAACAGGUUAUGCAAAGAGUUGGUGUAAUUGACCUGUCUCCAUUUGGCAAGUUCAACAUCAAAGGCCAAGAUUCUUCCCGACUUCUGGACCAUCUCUUGGCAAAUGUCAUUCCUAAGGUGGGUUUUACAAACAUAAGUCACAUGUUGACACCCAAAGGUCGAGUGUAUGCUGAGCUGACCGUCUCUCAUCAGUCUCCGGGGGAGUUCCUGUUAAUUACUGGCUCUGGAUCAGAACUUCACGAUCUUAGAUGGAUUGAAGAAGCAGCAGUCAGAGGCGGCUAUAAUGUAGAAAUUCAAAACAUAACUGAUGAGCUUGGUGUCCUGGGAGUGGCGGGGCCAUAUGCAAGACGAGUCCUCCAGAAACUGACCUCAGAAGAUCUCAGCGAUGAUGUUUUCAAGUUUCUCCAAACCAAGUCUUUAAAGGUGGCUGACAUACCUGUCACUGCCAUCAGGAUCUCUUAUACUGGUGAGCUGGGAUGGGAGCUGUACCACAGACGAGAAGAUUCCACAGCGCUGUAUGAACGUAUCAUGAACGCAGGCCAGGAGGAAGGAAUCGACAAUUUUGGAACAUAUGCCCUGAAUGCCUUAAGACUGGAGAAAGCUUUCCGAGCAUGGGGCUCAGAGAUGAACUGUGAUACGAACCCCUUGGAAGCGGGGCUGGAAUAUUUUGUCAAGCUGAAUAAGCCAGCCAACUUCAUAGGAAAGCAAGCGCUGAAGCAGAUUAAAGCCGAGGGCCUGAAACGGAGACUUGUCUGCCUCACCUUGGCAACAGAGGACGUGGAUCCGGAGGGAAAUGAAAGCAUUUGGUACAAGGGCAAGGUGGUUGGCAACACAACAUCUGGAAGCUAUAGUUACAGCAUCCAGAAGAGCCUGGCUUUUGCUUAUGUCCCUGUGGAGCUCAGUGAAGUGGGACAGCAAGUGGAGGUUGAACUGCUGGGUAAAAAUUACCCAGCAACCAUCAUUCAAGAACCCCUGGUACUCACAGAACCUGCCAGAACCAGGCUGCAGAAGGAUGGUAGGAAGAUGAAGGAGCCGUUCCCAGCUGGGCAGUAGCUGACAGGACUGCUCAGGAGUCCUGCUCCAACGAGGAUAAAGGUUGUGAAGGCUUCAUUUCAAAAUCUAGAUCAAUAUCUUAGUAAAAACUCUUUCUGAAUUGUUUUCUAAAUGCAGUGGCUUGAGGAAUUGGUGAUUCGUGUUGUUCAUUCAAAUGAGGAAUUUAAGAUGAACAUUUUUUAUUACCCUAAACUGAUGUAAAUGAAACCUGAUCAGAGAAAGAUUAGGUGUUUGCUGAUAUGAAAUUGCAAUUGUAAUGGAAUUAAAGGACAUUGUGAUUUUAGAAACACGGUAUGUGGCUAAUAGCUGAAAACAAGUGGAUAAAUUAUCUUUUACAUAUACAGAUGCAAGGACCUGGAUGGGUUUUCUUGUUUGAGAAUUUUUUCCUUGGGUGGGUAAGUGGUAGUUUUAAAUUUUCAUAAUGUGUCUAUGGUGGAAAUAGCUGUAUUUAUUAUCAGUUUGUCACAUACAUUCUUAUACAGCUCUCUCAAA